GACCAUGAAACUUUCUAGAGAUCGUUUUGAAGCCCAAAUUAGAUCGGACCGGAUCUAACCAGAGAUUCUAUAGGAGUUUAACAACCUUGCUUUGGGGCCAUUAUUCCCUAUAAGUCGUAUAACCAAAUAAUAUUAGUUUCCCAUUCGGUCAAUUCAUUUGAUUGGAUGGAGAAUUUGUUGUGUCGAUCCUUGGAUGGCUCUUUCGUUCAUCUCUUCGUCACAUAGCAAAUGAAAUGAAAGCAACCUUUGUAGAGUGACCAAAGUAAAGUAAGAUUCCAUGCCUGGCCUCUCUAUUUUGAUUUUUGAAUACUAUUUUACAAAUGAGCCAUAUCUUAUCGGAUCAAACCAAUUCAAUUCCAUCACAUGCUUUUAUUUUGGUUUAUAAGAUUUUAGUAUGAGCUACUUUCUAUAUUGAACCGUUUGUCCCGCUAGAUCUAAAGUUUUUGAACAUUAAUCAUGUAAAUGUUAUUUUUUUUUCAUUUUUACCAAUUGCUAUUCACGUAGAAGACAAAAUUCAAUAAAUAAAUGAUUUUAUUAGUUUAUUGCGUCCUUGAUCCGUUUCUUGUCUACCGUAUAAGUUUCAUCCAAACAUAUUAGCAAUGAGGUCAUCUACCUCGUGCUCCAAAAUGAUAGAUACAUUGUAAAAAUUGAAAGAUAUUUAUGAUUGAUAGUAUGAUGAUUAACAAAGAGGCAAAAUAUGAAUUCAUCACGUAUAAAGAUAUUUAGGUAAUCCGUACAAUACAUGCUUAUCUAUAAGUUUAUCUUAAUUAGUUUGAUUAGUAUUGUUGGGAUUGUUAUGACGUUCAAACUAUCAAGUGAAAUCAAGAAUUUUAAAAUCAUACUAGUGGUUUAUACCGAAAAAAAAUAAUGAUCAUUUUGUACUAAAAUUGUGGUUCAAUUGUGGUUCUACCGUCCAAUAUUAUUAAAUCACCUACUUUUUAAAAUGCAAUAUCUGAUAUUUCCGAUCCGAUUUACCGUUUCUUAAACAUUAGUGAAAACCUUCCAAGUUUCCAACAGUCUCGGAUUUAAUCAAAGACAACAUAGGAUAAACAAUGCACAUAAAUAUCGAUUGACCCAUAUUUUUCCUUGGAGCAAAACAAAGAAGAUAGGGGACAAAACAAAUUGAAAGGUGGCAUCGGCCGUAAAUUCGACGAAGAAAAGAGGGUAACGACUAAUAAGUAAUAAGUAACCGAAUCACAAUCUCCUUCUCUUAAUCCGUCAAUUUGUGAUUCCUUCUCGUCCUCUCUCAUUCCAUUUCAGUCGAGAGAAAAAGAAAAGAAUAAAGAGGAUUGAGAACGAACAGUGAAGGGCUGAAGGAAGGCCAGGCUCAAUCUUUCUUCUAUCUCUGUGUUCUUCUAUGGACAGCAAGCUUUUCUUUUCCUAAUCACAAAUCACCGAACCCAUCUCCCACCGCCAUGCCCGUAUAAACCCCCUUUACAAUUUGGCCCCGUUCUUCCAUAAAUUUCCAUUGCCCAUCUCUCCAAUCUUUCUUCUAUCGCUAAGCUUUUGCUUCUCCAGUAGGUUUUUUCAUUCCCUCGUUCCCUUUCUUCCCACCCUCAAUUUUAUGUUCCUCAAUUCGACUUUCUCACUGCAAAACUGCAAUCUUCUGGCGAUUUCGGUUCGGACCCAUCGCCAGAUUUCCCAAUCUCGCAUCGGGAGAGCGACUCUCCUCGUCUUUCUGCUGGUUAUCGCCGCCGCCGCCGCCGGAGACGGCAACAAUUGCAGUGACCCGAGAGGCCCAGGAGAGCAGAACCCAGAAGGCGGUGCAAGCAUCAUGAAGGUUCAUCCUAUGCCCAAUAGGAGGAACAAUAUAACAAUCCGGUACUAUGUGAACCACGGCGGCAGCGGUGGGAAUAAUCAGAGAGGAGGAGGGGGAGUAGGAGGAGAACUAGCCUCCGCCGCUGGCGGUAACAAGAGGCUGAGGAGGCUGCCCCACAUUUUCAAUCGGGUCCUGGAGCUGCCGUUCCGGUCGGAUGCUGAAGUGUUGGUUGAGGAAAGCACCGAUUGCUUCCGAUUCGUGGCGGAGGCGGACGAUGUUGGCGAAGUUAGGGCUCACACCAUUGAAAUCCAUCCCGGGGUAACGAAAAUCGUGAUUCGGCCCAAUGGGUACCUGGAAUUGCCGACGUUGGAUGAUUUGGAGUUGGACAUGUGGAGGUUCCGGCUGCCGGAAUCGACCCGACCCGAUCUAGCCAGCGCGGUUUUCACGGACGGCGAGCUGAUCGUGACGGUGCCCAAGGCGGAGGAAGAAGGUAAUAAUAAUGGCAGCAGGGACUUUAGAGGAGGAAUGGGAAACAAUAAUAACAAUGCUAGGCUUGUGCUUGUACAGUGAAUGAAUGGAAUGGAAUGGAAUUGCUAAGAUAAAAAAAUGGUUCCCUCUUUGCCUUUGCUCUUCCCUUGUUUUCUUCUUUUUUGGGUUAAUGCUUCCAUUUGAAUCACUGUUGUCAACAGAUCCCAAGUUUUAGCCCUUGGAGGUGUUCUUCUGUGGUUGAGAGACUAGACUUCGUAAUGCUUAGCUUUUUUACCAUAUUGAAUGAACCAAGUAAAAGGUUUCAUUCCACCUUCUGUUCUUGAAAUGUGGUUGGUUGAGCAAAUGGCAUUGAAGAUGGGGAAUGGUAUUUGCUUGUUUCGUGGUGUGUCUCCGGUUUUUUGGUGAAGAGCCUCAUGCUCACAUUCGUUGGUAGAGACAUAAGACAUGGUUAGGUUGUGCAUUCGUUUGUUUAAACUGGGAAUCUAGAGAGCAUGUCAUGUCUGCUUGCUUUGUUGCUGGAAAAAAUGCUUUACUCUUUCGUGGUGACUACGAAUAUAUUCUCAGGCACUAUCUGUAUCUUUUGCUAAGCCUGCCUAUUCUAGGACCCUGAGCCUUGUAGUUGUCUUUUAGUUUGGCAGUAAAGACCCUCGAGCGGGUAGCAUAUGAAUCUUAAGGAAAGGAUAAUCUAAGAUCAAAGCAUUAUUAUUGACCAAGCUUUUUCUGAUCCACUUGUGCUUGAGUGAGUGUUCACCACCUUUUCUCUUUAGGAGCUCUUUUUGUUCUGCCCGUUUUUUAAUUAUGGGCACUUUUUUUUUUGUAGUAAUCUAUGACCUGCUUUUCUUUCCUAUCUCAUCAUUAGUGACCUAAUCAUGCAUACUAACAACCAUGAUCUCAUUUGAUCAUAUGAAACUGAAUGAAGCAAUCCACCCCACCAUAGUGGAUGUAUGAUGCUCUCAAGUCUCAACCUUGAAUCCAUUCUUAGAAUCUUAAAGUACCAUACUCCAUGUCUAGCGACUAGCAUGCUGAUGGGGAAGAAUUUACUUCCCAGUUCAGUGCACCCAAAUGAUAAAGGGCACAGUUUUUUUUCCCUAAAACAGUUGUUCAUGUUGUUGCGCUAUAUGAUCCAUGGUUAUCUAAAUCAAAUGUUAUGAUGUUGUGUUCCAUUGAACAAUAGCUGCUGCAUCCUACUUCAUUUUUCAGAGAGAACUGUAGACUGUAGUUUCUGUCUUUGCUUCAGGAUUAGGCGCGUUAUCCGCAGUAGAUUUCUGCAUUGAUUGAGGUAAUGGUUUAUGGGUUGUGGAAUUCUGCGUCAUCCGCGGUAGAAUUCUGCAUUGAUUGAGCUAGGAGAUAUGAAUGGAGCGUGGCAGAGUGAGGUGUGAAAGUUUAGCAGUAUGUAUGUGUGUGUGUAUUUGAGAUGAGGGCUGGAGAUUGAAUGAAGAAUAGAAUAGAUGCUCGCCCAAAGCAGUCCUCUCAGUAGUCAGCAUCGUGCAGAAGAAAGUGAUUCCUUACUUCAUAUGCCGUGUAAGUGUUUUCCGUGGUCCUCUUUCGGAUUACGGAAAAGGGGCAACCUUUUCCGGGAAUCCACAGCUGCUUCACAACACCAACGUUGGCCCUAAUUCUGUGAGUUGUGCUUGUACUGGUCUGUCCCAGUCUGGAAUUCAGACCUGACAGUGGUUAUCUUUUUGGAUGGUGGUGAUUUGGGAGUAAUCAUGUCGAAAUUGAGUUCUUACUUCGAUCAGAUGGUACUCCUUUGCGUCACUCUCUCUUUGUUCCAUUUUGAGAAGUUGAGUUUGAUCAUUUUAAGCCAGGGAAAAGGACAAAUUCCAAAAAAAAAAGACCAUUUUUUAA